UCAUCCGCUGGACUCGCAGCCUCGACGGUGUCAACAAGUAUGGCCGCCUCACCACCUGCGCUUGCUGCCAAACGUGAACCUUUCAGCUUUACCGAUACCAAGUUCUUCAAGAAAGAGCGACAUCCUUCAGGUCCUGCAGCCAGCAGUUCUGGAGCCACUGUGAUCCUCAGUCCUUCCAGUAUCAGCUGCUCCCGCAACAACACCUCCACCACGAGUUGCACCUUCAGUACCUCUACUGGCACUUCUGUCACUCCUCACUCCCUAUCAUCACCACUCUCCCACUGGCCUCUACCUCCCACUCCAUGCACUCCGACCAUGCCCGUUGCUCCCACUCUUCCACCAUCACACACUCCCUUCUGGUUGUCACACCACAUGUCGCCUUCUCUGUCGCAUCAUACACCGCAUCACCAGUUUGCGCCCGCUUCGCCACAUGGUAUGGGCGGUUUGGAUGCGACCUCCGGCGGCAGCAGCAGCGGCCCCGCCAUCGGCUAUCAUCAGUUCGUCACGGACCCGAUCUCGCGUCACCUGAUCCUUGUACACCAUGCCGCUCUCCAGGACGUUAGCAGCAAUUUGAUGUGGGGCUACAGCGGCGUGGCUCCUCUCAUGAGCCCUCAGAUGCUCUUGGCCGACCCUCACUUCCCUCGACCGCUGCACUCGGCUUUGCUUCACGCCUCUGCUCUCCAUCCUGCCCUUCAUCCUCCAACUCCAACGCUCCUUCCGCCUACUCCAACGCUACAUCCUGCCUCGAGUAUCUACUCUCAAAUGACCGGCUCGCCAGCGGGUGGCUUGAAAAUGGAGUCUCCGAAAGCUUCUCCGAAAGGACUAGAGGAAGGCACCAAGAGCCUCCUACACGGUACAGCAUCAGUAAGGACCUCUUCGACUUAUCCUGGGGACUUACAAUCUGUCAUGUCCCCCAUCAUGUCUGCAGGACUUGCGACUGGCCUAUCGGGACUUUCCGGGCUACCUUCAUCCAUGACGCCGGGACUAACGUCACCGUUGUCUUCUGCCAUGCCGUCGGUUUUGUCUUCGGUCUUACCAACUGGCUUGGCAUCGUCUGGACUCGCGCCGGCCCUACAGCCGCCACUUCCUUCAACCUUGCCUCACUAUUUGUAUCCUUCGUCUUCUCACCCUCUGUUCUGUCCCAAGCCUCCUAUGUAUCCCUUAUCAGCAUUCGUCCAGACACCUACAUCGCCGGCGAUCCCGGUCAUUACCUCGGACGUCUCUGCCACCACUGAUACCAGUCCCUCAUCACACAACUCGGUACUCCUUGGAAUCUCUAAGGACGUGGAUACUUCGUUAAGUUCCUUUCGAGCUUCCAUGUCCUUACCCACGCCACCUACUAUUGUUGUUUCGCCACAGUUGUCGAGGUCGCCGUUACCCACCAAAAAGGAAAAAAAUACAGGGAGUGCAAAACGGAGAAGCUCGACCCCAACAGUUGUACAGCAGCCCAAGUCCAGCCCUCAUUUUGCAUCAAAAUUAUCUUCGUCGCACAGCAGCACCAGUAACACAGACAUGGGCUCCCUUCCAAAGAUUAAGUUAGACAAGCUCCAUGCCAGCCCAUCGCAGUCAGUGGCUCACAAUAAUUCUACUUGUAGUACUGAACGAUCCGCGGUGACCAGCAAAAUUUCAAUCAAAAAAGAAAUCAAGGAGGAAUAUAUGUCACCUGUUAGCACGCUGCAGAAAGGUGACGGCUGUGUUGACCUUUCAAUUAGCUGCCGCAAAAUUAGUGAUGAUGAUAAUAAUAAUAGUGGAAGUAUUAAGCAAGAAUCCGGCGUACCUGAUAGCACUAAGAAUUCGUCAAAUCAAAGCGGUGUAGCGAUAAGUUCUACGGUAAGCUCUGUGAAUCAUGAUGGUUCUGGACAUUUGCCAAGCCUUACUAGUAGUCCUGUAGUACCUAAUGUUCCUUCACAAACUAAAUUGAACGAUUUCUCCAUCCCUCUGAGCUGCGUAGGCGUUACAACAGCAACCACUUCAAUCACCACUACUGUCAGUUCUAGCGCUGCAGUUAGCGUAACAACUACGACGACGACAUCAACCGUUCCAACCUACCGACAUCUCAGCGUGCAAACAGUCCCUAUUCCUCAUUUGUACAGGUAUAGUGAACGAAGUCUGUCCGUCGGAGCCUCCGUUCCAGUAGUGGCGGAAUCCAUGUCGUCGAGAACCUCUAACGAUACUGAAAAUGUCGGAAGCUCCGCCAGUUCUCUAGCCCCAUCCACCUUCGCACCCGUACAGGAACAGGCUUUAGACUUGAGUGGCCUGGAGUUGCUUUCGCGCAGUGUUUUACAGCAUGCUAACCGUCUUUCUUCUGAAGAACCUGUGGACUAUUGCCACCAAGAACCUACUUCAGAUCAACCUUUGCGUUGGAGGUCAAGCAGUUGUUCGGGUGACCUUUCGAGCGCGUCAGUUGCUACUUCGGCUCCCUUUAUCCAGUCAUUAAAUAGACCACUAUUCGUGCCCGGGAGUGUGGAUGAAAACUUCUAUCCGCAAGCAGAUGCCCCCCUAAAUUUUUCUAUCAGUGCUUCAAAUGGGAAAAAUCCAAAGAGCGAUAGGAUUGAAGCUACUGGUACCACAUCUUCACUUCCACCCUCUUCCGCUCCGCCUACAAGCUCUCGAAACAAUUUUAUUUUCUUGUGUGCCUUGGCGGAAGAAGAGCUCUUGAAAGGAGACACAAAUGAAAAAGAUUCCUCUUAUGGGCAUCUUAAACCCAAUGCUUCUUCGUGCGAGACUCCAAAUUGUAGCGAUGUUAGGAGAGUUCAACAAGAUAAAGAAAUUAGUUUCUUACGACCACCUCUCGAAAAGUGUAUCCCCUCAAUACAACCAGAUCUUACCUUGCCUCAGCCUGCUGCUGCCGACGAUGCUAUGUCACUUAGUUUUAACACCUCAUCGGACGCUGACGUAUUGAAUAGUCCCUGCAAAGAAAACGGAACUACUUAUUCUUUCACUCAGAGUUCAAGUUCUUUCUCGGAAAGCUUUUUAUCGUGUUCAUCACCGCUCGAUCUCAGUCUUGGUAUGUCAAAAAAGACCAGUAAGGACGAUUCGUGGCAAAGCGGGUCUACUAAAGACAACGACAACGAAUUAUCAGCAAGUCUUCAUGGCAUAAAUAGCGACUCAACUGAUCAAGCUGGAACAUCGGACGGAAAUCGCAGCUGCGAAAGUCUUGUCACCGAAAAGCUCCUCGGAACUUACGACAGCUCAAGUUCUGACGGUCAAAAUUUUGAAGGGUUCGAAGAUGCUUCGUUGAAGAGAACCGAAGAAAAUAUGAGGCGGCAAUUAGUGGUGCUCGCUAAGCAAUACAGAGAGAAGGUGCGCCAAGUUCAGCGACAAUUUCCAAAAAGCGAAGUGUGCUCAUCAACACACAAAUCCCGCAGACCUUCGAAAAGGAAGCGAUUUCCCAGUGAAUCUAGCAGCCGACGAUCUGACGGGCGUCACGCGAAGCACCGUCGGUGUGAAGACGGACGGAAACGACUUACUAGUUUACCAGAAACUGCGUCUUUUCGACGAAGCAGCGAGGAUAGUAGCGAAGCCAAGUCGGUGCCGGCGCUCUCAAUAUCUAAACUCAAGUCCAAAAAUCUGGUAUCCCCACGGCGAGAGCCGCGUCGGAGCGAGCAAAGAUCCUCGACUGAUGAAGGAAACGAAUCGUCUGACGAUGAGAUGGACAACCUUCCACGACGAAAAUGGUCUUUGUCUUUCCUGUCUAACGAUAGCAAAUCUCAGAGUUCGUAUAAAUCCCAAUUGAUGUCGACUAUCGUGCGCAAUGAGAGUGAUGACGAAGCUGCCGCAGGAAACGACAGCGAUUCUUCUGAAGCUAAUUCAAAAGCCCUGUACACUGAGACCUCAGCAGUGGAGUCUUCUGAUCAUGAGACGACAUUUUUACCUUGUUCUUCCUCCAAGAAGAGAAAGCCUGGACGCCCCAAGAAGCAUUCCCCCACCAAGAAAGAUGCUACUGAAACCAUAGUGACCAAAAAGCACAAGAAUCUAAAUCUCCUCUUGCGACACUCGUCCUUGGCGACAUCGAAGUCAAAAGUUAAGCCUAAACUCAACGCAGAGGCUCGAGAAAUUAUUUGUGACGCAGUCGAUUCUUCGGAUGCCGGUGAUAACUCUUGUGAUGAGACCAACGGCAACCUUGAUGUCACCUUCCUGAAGAACGUGGAAAGUCUUCGGCAAUCCAACACUCACUCCCCUGACGUUCAGCUGGCACCUAAUCCGUCUAUGAAAGUCUCAACUCUAGUCACUUCAACACCUAUCCCAACCAUGACGCCAUCGUCUUGUCCCGACGCUACUAAACGCCGUAAAGUGGGCGGCUCAUCGUCCCUAACUCGACGAGCCAUCAUGCGCGACAAAGCUAAAAGGAAGACCGACGUGGAGCAGCAGCACCAAAUGGAGGCCUUGUUCAGGUCUCUCAAGAAACGCUCUACUCUUGCUAACGCCGAGCACGACGAAUCCGAAGAAGAGCAAGACGGCGACUACGACUCUGAUCAGUCUGGAGCUCCCAGCACCGCCGUGUCAUCGUCGUCCGCCUUCCCGCUAUCGGCGGCCGUCGUCGAGGAUGCCAUCGUCACGGCCCCCGUCUCCCAUGGCACGUCCACAGAUGACAAAGCGGUCGCGGUCAAGACCGAGACCGCGGGUGACGACCUCGCUUCUUUGGAUGUGCGUGUGGCGGACGCGACAUCUCUGAUCGUUAAAGAAGAAACGGCCAAAGACACCAACAAAGCGACCUCGAUCGCGGCCGACACCGUUGGCGCGGCCCCUCUUGGACUGCACCAGCUGUCGAGCUGCAACAGGAUUCCAUCUGUAUGCCAUCUGGCGGUGGAAGAGCUCGUCAAAGGUUGCCGUGUCCUGCUGCUGAGGGAUGACGGGCUUCUGUAUGCUGGUUCAGUGAACCCCAUCUCGCCCCCGAACCUUUACGGUCUCCUCAUCGACGGGGAACGCGGCAGCAAAGGGCACAUUUAUUGCGCUGAAGAACUUCUCACUCAAGCCUGGAAGGAGGUGAAGCCUGGGUCUACGCGUUUCCUGAAAGAGGGCACUCGAGUGUGCUGCUUUUGGUCACAGCAAUACCGCGCUCUCUACUCUGGCACGGUGGGCUCGCCGAGCUCUUCCCCCGCUCACAGCGACGCGUCUUCCCUCCAUAACUUCGUUAACGUGGAAUUCGACGACGGCGACUCCGGCCGCAUACACGUGGACGACAUCAGGCUCCUGCCACCAGACUAUCCCGUCACUGUUCCUAAACCAAAUCCCCUGCUGACGUUGUGCACGCGGAAGCGAAGAGCCCCUCAAAGGGACUCGACCGACUCGAGGCCUGGGGCACCUCACGACACUACGACCUCCGUCAAGUUGACGGUCUCCACGUCUGCGUCAGGCAUGUGUAGAGUUACGUCGUCAACCACGUCUUCUGUCCACCUUACACAAUUGGAUAUUCGCGACGAGGCAUCGCGGAAUAAGAAGAAGAACAAAGCAAAGAAGAAGAAGAAGGCGUCGUUAAAGAAGCAACAGAAGCGGCUCAGUCGUGAGUGGGAUCAUGAAAGCGAUAAAGAUUCUGAUGUUGAAGGCGAAGAACUAAAACCUAAGAUUAAAAAGAUUAAACUUUGUGAAACUGACGGCAAAAAAACUGGAAUCAUUGAUGCGGCCCUCGAGAAGGAUUUCAAUGAUUUAGACUCGAAGAAAAUUUCGGAGGAUGCUCACUGGAGCUCAGGUCAUUUUUCGGAACAUGGAAAAUAUUCAAAGAAAAAGAAGAAAAAACACAAAUCUGAAGAAUCUUGCCACAAGAAACGAAAGCACAAGCACAAGAGGAAUAAAAACAAGCACGAAUCCAACGAGCCUUUGGUUUAUGAAGGUCGUGAUCUUGGGAACACGCUAACAAUUCACUCGAACCCCGCAGCAGACAUAAACUCCAACCAGACUUCUCUCAAGCUUUUUCCCCACGUCGAACAGAUGGAUGGGGACUUACGAGUUCGUAUCAAGUCCCCGCCUCCCAGCAAAGUCCAGGUUGAAACCAGUUGCCGUCUUGAACCCACUUUAGACGAAGGCCUGGCGUGCACUGGAUCAGCUCUUGGUCACCCUUCCCCACAUCAUGAGACCUCUGCGAUUGCUGAGAAUGUACCGGCAGAAAUUGCUGACGCCAAAAGCGUGGCUCGAUGCGACCGGGACUCUAGCCUCACGCCCGGUGUCGUCUCGUCCCAGCGGCUGAUAGAGUCUCGUGAGAAAGCUAAAAAGUCUCGCAAUAGUAGCAAUGAUACCAAGCGACCCAAGCGAUCUUCUUCUAGGGCUGAAUCUAUCACGUAUGAUGAGAGGUCAGACGAUGAUCCUGUGGAUGACGAGGAGUCCAGCGGCGAUGAAGAGCCCUCUGAUGGCGAAUUGACUGAUGGCGGCAAAACCAAAUUCCCUCAAGACCAGGAUAAGAUGUCUGGUAAUAAGUCACGACAUCAUUCGGGGCGAUCAAAAAUCGCCGCCUUCUUGCCUGAGAAGGAGCUUUGGCAGUGGUCCGGUCGGGGGUCCAAGAAAACCACCGGCAAAGGCCGCGGUCGUAAAAUUUUCUACAAAGAAAUUGUACGAGGAGAUGAAAAUAUCAGGGUGGGCGAUUGCUGUGUUUUUCGUUCCUCCGGGCCUCCGGACAAUCCCUACAUUGGGCGCAUCGAGCAUCUCUGUGAAGGAUGGGGUGGCAGCAAGACUGUCACCGUGCAUUGGUUUUAUCAUCCCAACGAAAUUCAGGACGAGCCAAAGAAACUGAAACAGCCAAAGGGCGCGCUAUUCGAGUCCAACCACCGCGACACCAACGACCUACAAACCAUCAGUUACAAGUGUCAGGUGCUGCCGCUGGACGAGUAUCGAGCUCGACACAACCUUCGUCUUACAAAGCUUAAAGUUAAAAACAACCAGGAGCACCAAGCAGAAAACACAGAAAACAACACGAGUAGAAGUAGUAGCUCAGGUUUAAGCUGCAGUACAUGCAGCGUCUCGACUGAUGCUCUCAGUUCCAGCGUUGAAGCGCUGCAUUCCUGUACGGGAACUCCUAACAAAAAUAAUGAAGUUAUCCUUCCUGAUCGAAUAGAUAAGGCUUCUUGUGAUGUUUCGGUCAGUGAGCUCGUAAACAAUAAUAUUGAUAUUGGCACAACAGCGGAGAUAAGUGCGGCACAGGAAGAAAUAAUAUGCUCUCGUAAUAUCAAAUUCACUUCAGAUGAAAACGCGAACGAGGACGGCUUCAAGGAAUCCAACUCCUUCUGUGGCGAAUAUCAAGACGCUGGCUUUGAUGCUAAGAAAGUUCUCAGCUGCAUAGAAGAUACAAACAUUCCUCUUGAUCUCGACUCUUCUGAUAUGCAAAAAGAAAUGACGUCUGUGGUUUCAGAAUCCAUUACUAAAAUGCAUAAUGAAAAUUCGACAAAAAAAUUUGAGAUAGGUCGUGAAACAUUUGAAAAUCGCGAUGUGGUUGAAGCAGGGGCAAACUUAAAUGUGAACGACAAUAAGACUCUGAAAUUAGACUCGACUGAAGAGAUUGCUGCUUCUUUCCGGACUACAUCAACUUCGGAAGCUAAUGGCUGCGAUGUCGGUGCAAUGGCCGUUUCCAAAAUACCCGGAGAUCCUGCUGAAGCUUUAUCAGACCCAACUGAGUUGAGUUCUACUGACCUGAAACACGAAGAUGGAACUGGACGUACAAACGGUAGCGCGAGCAGCACAGAUUCAUCUUCAUGUGAAGACUCUGACGAUGAGAGCGACGUGCUAAGCGAAUGUUAUUAUCUAGCAGGCACGUAUGACGUCACUCACCAGGUCUUGAGGAUGGAGCCUGGGGUUGAAUGAUGAUUUUCAUGCGCAAUACAAUUGCAAUGGCGCAUAUUUUCUUUGAUUGUUAAAAUGCCCAUGAAACAUAAACUUGAUGGGUAAACUGUAUCUCCAUGAAACAUUAACUGUAUGGAUACUUAUGGGAAAGGAUUCACUGAAUUCCCCGUCUAAAUUAGACAAAUGAACAGAAACCACAGUUUAUACGUUCAACAAUUUUUUUCCUUAGCUUCUAUAUGGUACGUGGGUUGAAAUUCAAGUUUUUUCGUUUAUGAAAUGGAGAAUGAUGCAUUAACAUAUUCUUUUUUACGCUGAUAACUUGGUGAUUUCCUGAAAACUCGUGCGACGGCUGAGGAUGUCAGUUAGGACUCUUAUCAAACUUUUCAACGGCAAUGAACCAGAAACGCAAGGCUGAUUCUUUUAUUAUUGUCUUAUCUAUUUUGUGCUAGUAAUUAUUUACUAGACACAUAGAAUAAUUUGUUUUAUUGAUGCAGCCCUGAUGCAAACACUGCGAAGCGUUAUGAAUAGAAGUAUCGCCCGCUGUACAACCUCUAAUUCACAAAACUGUUGGUUUGGGAUUCUUGUUCUCCACAGACUUGCGAUGGUUUUUCGCUGUAUGCUGUAUAAUAUUAAUCGAUGUAAUUUUGUUGCAACCUCUCAGAUUUUAUGCUAUUGUUAUGUACUGUGUUCAUGUGUAAUUGUACUGGAAUAUUAUUGUAGCUAUUGGAUGUUUGUACAACUAAUAGUUACUCGUCAACUAUAUGCCCAUUCUCUUAGCCUGCUUUGCAAUACGCCUUCUUGAUAUUAUCUGUCCACCAUCAUUACCCUCUUGCUCCCUUUACAAUUAUAAAAAAAAAUAGCUGAGAUUCACUCCUUCAGUUUUUUGACUGAUCUGAUUCUCUUCUCUCUUUUCUGUUUUACCUGUUUCAUUUCUUCUAGACCUAUUUUUGAAAUCUCUGCGUCCUUCAAUCGACUUGUUUUGUUUCAACUAUGUAUAAUUUUAAGAUCAGCAUUGCAUUUUUUGUAUCUAUUUUACUGGCCUUAAAUUCCUUUUCAUUAGUUUAUUAAGAUGACAGUUUUUAUUGUGUUAAGCAAGACGAUUUUUCAUGUUAAUUACAUCGAUAAGAAUUGCAUUAUGCUUGGACUUGGAAUGUAGCACUUGGAUGUUUAUUUAUCGUCCACACUUCUAAUUGAUCUGUGUUUGAGGUGCUCGAUAUUCCACGAGUGCCUUUUUUUAAGAGGAUCGAAUGCUGGUAACAAAUUUAUUAUUUGUUAUUUUCGAGUCUCAAAUGUUUGCGAUUUCGCGAUAUUCGCUAUCUUGCAGUGUGGUUAAUAUCCUUUGACUUCAUAAUAUGUUUUGAUCUCUUUUUGUUCGUAAACUGUUGUCAUAUUUGAGGCAUAUGCUUUCUCCUGUGUAAAUAUUUCUUUUUGUUGAUUUUGUACAAUAAUAUUCAGCUGCAGCCAUGAUUAGUUAGUAUCUUUGUGAAUUUAACUCUUGCGAGGCUAACGUAGAUGCGUUCAACUAACCAUGACUAAAGUCUUAAUAUUCUCAAGCGAUCUGUGUCCGUCUUACCCCUUAUAUGAGACUGCAUUUAUCUCAUAGCUCUCUCAUGGACAAGUAACUUUAUCUUAUACACAGAAAAUAGAUUGUAGAUUUUAAAAAGAAUUCAAAAAGUUUGAAGAGCGAUCUAAUUGCUACGUUUUAUUUGUGAAGCUUGGUACAUUCUCACAAUUUUUGAAUUGAACGUAUUUUCUGGAUAUAUGUAUAUUCUUUGGUCAUUUUUUUGUGUUCCUUGUUUUUUUUUUCUGUUCAUUAUUGACAUACAUGUUCAUUAUUUACUCAAUUGAGAGCAAGCUAACCAUAGAUCAACUUGCGUGUUUUGUAUUAUAAAUUUGCAUAAAGGUUAUUUUUUAGCAUCUGAACUCAAAUAACGGCCAUUGUUGAUGAAGAUUCUUCUAAUUACUUUUUGAAAUCCCGUUCAAGGCCUCAUCUUGUUACUUGGCUUUGCUCUGCGUUUGCUACUGGGUAUUACUCAGGAAUGAGAACGAUGAUUCAGAAAUUUGUCAUUUUCAAUGAAGUCUGUCGUAACUCUAAUUGCCAAAUUGUGAUCAAGUUAAAUUUGCAAUAGGUUAUUUGUUAAAAUAGGUUUAUGUCCGGUUGAUGGUUCCAACUUAACAGCAGGGUUCAUCUUGCAGUGCAAUAGAUUGCAAUGGCGUGGGUGAGAGCAAAACCAUUUGUCGAAUUGUGCAAUUGCCUGAUAAAUUUUAUCCUAAUUACUACUUAUGAUGGUCUUCGGUUCUAUGAAAACAGCAAGGAAUUUGUCUUCGCUCGCAUAUUGGAGUUUGCGUUAUCUUCACUUUUAUGUAUUGUAUUUCAACUUGUACAUGUUUAAAACUUUUUAUUACAUUUCAUAGCAUCCAUUGUUAACGCACGAGCGGAUCCUUAGCAUGUUUCCUAGCAUCGACUCGACCCUUAAUAUAAGCUGUAGUUGGAUGCGGUAUCGAUGACGCUUAUGGUGUGUUAGGUGCUCACACGACUCGUAUAUCCCUCGUAGUUUCUCUUAUCUGCUGGUAGUGUCUAAUCUGUCCUUGAUAUUUGUAUUUACGCUAAUCAGACAUUAACAGAGUUUAUUUGCGUGAAGAAGUUGGGAGGAAAGUGGAGCUAUUUUUCUAACCGACUUUUCGCAUAAGAGAUCAUGUCAGAUUAGCAAACAACUAAUACGGUAUACGGUACUGUCUUACCUAUAUGUGAUUAGACUUGGUUUAAAAUUUUUUGUUAGCUUACAUGUACGGACUUGAGACGCUGUAGUCGGUGGUGCCCACUAUUUGACUACUUAUUGUCAGCUAUAAUCAUUGUCGAGUUCAUUGCAGUCGAUUCGGCCACGGUAAUUCCAGGAGAACCUAGUCGAACUGAACGUUACAGAGUUUGUUUCCGAUAACACUUUGAGAUUAAAGACAUCUUUAUUGUUUGAAAACCAUUGAAAGAAGAAGCUAUAUUUCGACCUGGAGAAGCAACUUCCGGUCGAAAUGUCUUUGUAAUCAACAGUUUAUGUUCAUUCGUUUUGCAUGGGUCACUUUAAUCAACUGAGUUUCGAAGCGUUGAAAGUGUGUUCAUUGUUAAUUGAAGAGCGUCGCAAGAACGACGUUAUAAUCUCACGCAAGUUUUCAUGAACUUUUCUCUUCUCUAGCAAGGUAGUUCUUCCUUGCGUCUAUUGCAGAUUUUCGAAACACUCGCACUUGGAAAUUUUUGCGAUUUUUUAUUGUUUGUCCAGUCGACUGUAGCACUGUAUAUAGCACUGUCGAGGGAGCGUGCAAAACUAUCAUUUGUGCUGCAGAAAGUGUAUCACUAUUCACUCACAAAUAAGACUAUGCAUUCUAGUAGACAAAUCGUUAUUUAGCUCUCAACUGUGGUGAUUUUCUCGUACAUUUCAUGUUAUUGCAAAUUUAUCUUCUUGAUGGCUUGAACCCUGUGCGAAGAUGUUACUUGAAUGCUAAGCUUGUAGUCUUACUGGAACUUGUGUACAAAAUAAUCAAGUUAAUUUAGAUGAGUGCUGCAUGUAUAAUACGCUUCAAUAUUGUAUAAUGUGUAGCUCUGUAAGCUAUCGUGUCAUCGCUUCCGUUGGGUGAACAACCGCCAUAUUUCGGUCGACUUCUUCCGACUGCACGGCUCUGAUCAGAGGUCGUGCGAUCCAAAGUCGCUUAAUUAAGGAUACGAAGCGCGAUAUUUCGCGUCUGUGAUUGGACAGUUUACCUUGAAAAGCCGGCAGUGAUUGGUUAUCUGAUUUACGAACUCUUAAGUAUUUUUUUGAAAGUACGGUCUCUGGUCUCCGCUGCUUAUCAUACAAUCAUGCUAUCAGGUGUUAUUAUAUAAGUUUUCAAUUGAAAUGCGUUUGUUCAUCUCAGUUCUGAACGUUUGUUUAGAGGGCACGAGCGCAAAAAAACGCUCACAACAAUUUGCAAGUAAUUGGAUCAAUCGACGCGGAUUUUGUACAAAAUUAUAGUUAUUAUCUCAUACGAUCAAUUUGUAGGAAGCAUUGUUCUCUGGAGCUAGGAUAAGACGAAAUGCAACUUAUUUAGAUUUUUGUGAAGAAGACUCAAGAACUUUUGUAUUUUGAAAAACGUAGCAAAUUACAGCGCAUGACCAUCCAGUUAACAUUGAUGUGAAAUCUCUGUUGAUUCAAAAGAUCUUUUCUCGUAAUUACUGACUUGAUGGCAUGUAGCGUUUAACGUCCAGUAGUUGCCUUGUACAUUUUCCGAAUUUCACCCAGAGUAAAAUAUUAAUCGUUUGGGGCAUUGCGAUGACAAUGUUAGUUAAUUUGUACUUCCGCAUAUAAACGUUCCUUACUUGUAAUGCUGCCUGCUCUUCUAUCUACACAGUAGUGUACAGUAUGUUUCUGCAUGAAAUAACUGAUUGCUUUUGCCCAGAUUUUAUUUACUUCGUUGUUCGCGAGAUAUCGUUUGUGGUUUGGAAAUAUAGAUAAGAUGGAGCAAGGUUCGACAAUGAUAUAAUAGACUUAUUAAAGUAUAUGUCGGUUCCUCGGAUGACGAAGUGCUAAGCUUAGUCUCCCAUUCCGUUCGUCGACAUCGUGUAGAGAACACUGCACCUCGCCCAUAUUUAUCGUAUCCGUGGUUGUGAUUUAAAUUCCGUAAUGUUGAUGUUAGUUGCAAUGAAAUUUUGUUCUCAUAACAUCUGAUAUUAAUAUUGAACCAUGCGACUUCUAAUAUAGUCGAGACAGUCUACUUUUUUGGCGGGACGAUGGGGAUUGAUUGGGUUUUUUUACUGAAAGUUUAACAUUUGAUAAUUUCUGGUAAUAGUAAAUGUUGUGACAGAGCGGGCUUUUAUGGUCGUGUUUUGUUUCUACUGUCGCGCUUUAUCAAGAACUGCAAAUGUAAUCUCUUUCUCUCUCUCAUCUGUCGACUUAAUUUUAUUUAUGAAAUGGAUAUUGUGUGAUUAUUAAUCAUAAUUCUAUUAGAAGUAAUUAGUUGAAAACCAAAUUCAAACAAAAGGAUACGGACGAAUGAUCAGGUAUAGUAAGUUAACUUUCAUGAGUGACAAAUGUUGAACACAUGAUAGUGGGAUGAUAAGUUUUGAUCAGUCUUUCACGGUUGGCAUUUUUCUGACAUCGAUUAUAAUUUUCAAUUUAGGAAAACUGGUGAAGUUAUUCUUGCAGAACUGUCUUGGUAGAAUUUUCACUGCGAAAAAAUCUUCGUUACUGGCGGUGACUUGUUAGGGUUUACUGCCAUAUCACUUUUCAGAAAGUUCUUUAGUUGCUAAUUCGAUUUACCUUGAUGUUUAUACUUAUAUGAAUUGGCUGCCGAAACAUGAACGCUCACUACACAUAAUUUAUUGUAACGAACUUGAAAUCGCUUAAUUUCGAGUGUCAUUCGUGCUCUCAACUAUUGGCUGUUAUUAAAUCUAUAAGUAAAGCAUAGAAAAUUGAUGUAUAGGAAUAUUAUUAAGGUGUUUAACUGAAAUUGAUUCUCAUAUUUUCAUUGGCAUGAUAUUGUUCUACAAUUGUAUAUAAAAUAAAGGCAUAUUUAAUUUA